UGGAUAGUUGGGUCAAAGAAAUGAAUUCAAACACGAAACGAGUUUUUUAGUUGACAGGAACACAACCUGUAUAAUCUAAGAUAUAAUUUAACUUAAGUUGUUAAUACUCUAAAAAAUUGAAUUUACAACAAAAAGUAUAAAUGAAUAGGAAAUUGUUACAAUUAACCUUUGUCAUAGAUAAAUAAUCAGUUUAGGUUAUUGCAUAGAACAAAUUGAAAAACAAACAAAGUAUAAUUAUACAGAUGAAACAGAUCAACCCGUGAACCCGCUAAAUCGAUCCAAACAUGAAUCUUGUUCACGUGAUUGCCUUGAAACAUAACUAAACCUGUUUAGUCACAACCUAAACUCUCAAAUAUUGUAUUAAAUCCAUGUCGCGUUUCCAAAUCGUGUUAAAUUUUCACACCCAAAUAUCAGAAAAUAAAAAUAACAAAUAUAUAAAAUCAUCAUAAUAUCUACAACUACAACAAAGACGAUAGCACCCCUUACCUAAUAAAUUUAAAACCAUGCUUUGCCUAAUAACUACCAACAUUAAAUAACUACCAACAUUAAUUAUGUACCCCUUGACAAUAUAGCAAUAGGUCCCAUGUGUUACAUAUUGGUAUCCACUAUUCUUUCCUCAAUAAAUAUUCAAAUAAUAUCAAACUCCCAUUUCAACUCUAAUAAUUAUUUCAUUUACUUCACCAUUUAAAUCAAUAUAUUUAAAAACUCAAAUAGUCUCUUAUCUUUAAAACCCAACCACAAAAUAGCUCAAAAAACUUAAAAAAAAAAAAAGACAAAUAAUUUGUCUAAAAGAAGCAAAAACAAGGGGAACUGAAGCUGAACCCAUGACAGAACCUCAUGAACAUGAAGACUCAUCACCCUUUUAUUGGUGGAAAUCACUCUCAGAGUUCUCAACAGAAGAUGAAUCCAUCAAAUCACCAUCACCAUCAUCAUCAUCAGCCAUAAUGAAGGUGCUUAGAGAAAUGGAGAGGUUGUGCAUGAUCAGUGAACAUGGAGCAGAUGAUGUUAAACACAAGCUCAUGAUCUACAAACCCGGUGAUUUUUGGAUCCCAAUUGGUGGAGUUAAGAAGGAAGAUGUGGAUAUUCCUCCUAUGAUUACUGUUUUGUUGGUUGGGUUGUGUGGUUCUGGUAAAAGCUCACUUAUUAAUCUCUUGUAUAGUGUUGUUGGUAGAUCUGGACUCAUUCCAUUUUCUCAAACUUCAGGAGAAUCAUCGAAUUAUUCAACGGUGAUUCUAGAAGAACAUAAUGUGUUACGAUCUACACGAAAUGGGUUUUGCAUAUACGAUUCAAGGGGGUUAGAUUAUAACCAGAUGGAUGAUUGUUUAAAGGAGGUGACGAGGUGGAUGAAGGAUGGCGUCCGCCACAAUCAACCAUGUCGCUUUGGUAAAGAAGAUUUCGGAGUUAGCUUAAAUUGCUCUUCCGAUGGGUUUGUAAGGCGGAGGGUCAAUUAUGUGGCGGUGGUGGCCGAUUUGACCGACAUGUACAAAGCUUUUUUCUGUGGUGGAGAUUUUAAGCCAGUUGAUGCCGUAAAAUCCCUCUUUCAUUGUCCUUCCAUAAGGACAUCAAAUGUUGACCCGAUUUUGAUCCUGACACAUGGCGAUAUGUUACAACCCAUGGAGAGGUUAAAUUGUCGAAUAAAAAUUUGUAGUUAUUUGGGGAUACCGGUAACAACAGGUGCAUACGAUAUAGUAUGUCUAACAGAGCAAGGUAUAUUAGCCGAGGAAUUUGAUCCAGUCACAUCUUUUGCAUUGACUGAAGCCAUUUAUCGAGCUUUAUUACAGUCAGAUCGAACUCAUCCGCCAAAAAAGACAUUUAAAGAUUGGAUUGUCGAUUUUUUGUCACGAAUCAUGCGUUCACUUGCUGCUUUCUUUGCUAUGAUUUCACGUAUAUUUGAAAGGUGGGGCGAUAAGUAUAAACUCGCGUAGUUGAUAAAACAUUACUGAAAAACGUGUUAUAAAAUAGAUUGAAAUUGAAAAGUUAUUUAUAUGUAGUUAUUUUUUAGGAUUUGUAAAUUGUAAUCAUUAAUCAUUAUAAUUCUUGGAGUUGAGUAUUUGUACAAAACUUUGUAACUAAACUUGUAUCCUUAGCUAAUAUACAUGUAUAAAUUCACAGGUGUUACAAGAUC